AAUAGUAAACUAUGGCCACAAAAAGGCAAAAUAUUAUAUGAAAAUCGAGAUUAGCUUACUACAUCUUAAUAGACUCGAAAAAAAUAAUUCGUAAUAGGUCAUUAUCAACUCAAUAUGCAUUAAAGGCGCAAAAUAAUCGAUGAUCACUUUAUCGCUACAUUAUAAUGAUGAUCCGCUUAUAAUUUCAAGAGCUCCAUGGUUACUUCAUGCCAACAAAUAAUUCGUGAGUCAUAUCUUACAAUCCGUAGCAACAAUUUGCAGUUGUAUACUUAAAUUCAUCGUGGAUAGUUCAUGUUAGUAUCCGCGGAUUUGUUGCAAAGAAACAUAAGAGUGAAGACUACAUUUAGAAAAGUUUUCGCAAUCAUGAUCACAUUAAAAUUAAAGUGCUCCUUACAGGAAGUGGAAUAUUUACGCAAUUGAUAACACGAUCAACAAUUUUCAAACAGCUCAUCCAUAAAACUUCGCCAAUCAUGUUCAAUUUGUCGAAAAAUCAAGAACGAAUUAAAAGUAAGAAAAAAGGAAAAUGGUGGUUAUUCAAUGCCAAUGAUUUUCAAUCUUUGAUGUAUCCUUGUUUCACUUUCUGCCGAAUUCUCGGAAUAUUUCCGUACAAGAUCAACAAUUCAUCCUCCGCAAUAUCUAAACCGUAUUACAUUCUAUCGAUUAUAAUAAUAUGUGCGUUCUGUUUUUACACGCUGAUAAAUAUGAUGAAUCUUUCUGACUGGUUCGAUAUCCGUCAAAACGUACACAAAACUAUUGAAAUUUAUUCCUUCUUCGUAAUCGGCAGUUUUAUAACGAUCGUUACGUUCAUUUUAAACCGUCCACGAAUGCGUUUUCUUUGGACCAUACUAAAGAUCUCUACAAGACUUUCUUCGAAGGUGUAUCAGAGGCAGUCUGUGCUAAUCCACGGCAAGGAUAUUUUCGGUUUCUUCUUCUUACUCAUAUAUACAAUCAUCGAUUUUUACAAUGCGCAAGUAUCUAUCGUAACCAUGCUGUGUCCAUUGUAUAUCAAUGUGCUAGUGUUUCAGGUAGAUAUGCUGUACAUAAAUUGCGUUUGCGUAUUAAAAGCUUGUUUUACGAAAAUCAACGAUGAUCUGGCAAAUGUGCUCAUAAUGUACAAUGAACCGCAUUUAAUCAGAACAUUCUGCCAUAAUCAGAGGAACUCUCUUUUGCUGACGGAGCUUAAAGCCCUGAAGAAGCGACAUUUGAAAAUUAGCGAUUCAGUGCAAAUGCUAAAAAUAAUUUUUAGUCCGCAGCUUCUCGCAACUAUGGCUUCAAUCUUCAUUCAUAUUACUUUUGAACUAUACUUCAAUAUGGUAUCGUGGAAAAACGGAUUGUUUAUUAGUUGGACUAAAUACGUUAAUAACAAUGUAGUUCCCUAUAUUGUGUUAUAUUUUAUCAAACUAGUAUUGAUAAUAUGGGCCUGCGAGACCGGCAAGAAUGAAGCUGUAAAGAUUAGCACUAAUGUCCAUGAUAUACUUAAUAGUACUAAGGACGAGCAAAUUAAAUAUGAGUUGCAGCUGUUUUCUUUGCAACUAAUGCAUUGUGAUAAUACAUUCUCCGCGAAAGGUCUCAGUCUGGAUGCAACACGUCUCACAGCGGUAAACGAGCGAUCAUUUGUCACAAUUGUUUGA